UGUUUGCUUCAAUGUUUAUUUCAACUAAUAAUUUCCGGAAAACAAACGACUAAACAACACUCUCACAAUAUUUAUUUAAUUCCCCCUUCCUUUUCAGAACCUCUAUCUCGACAAGAAUUGAAUUUUCUACUUUCUGAUAUCGACCUUUUACGACUUUCUCAUUAUUCUCGAAAUAUGACUGAUUUUAAUUUAAUUUCUGAUUUAUUACCAAUUAUUGCUAAUAUUUAUUUUAAUGGACGUUUAAAUGGACAACAACAACAAAUAGCAAAUUCAUUUUCCCUCGAUUUAGGCCAGGCAGCAAUUUUACUUGGAGUUGGAUUACAACGGAAAAGUGUGGAUACAGUUGCAAAAGAAUUAGAAUUACCUAUAGAACAAGGAUAUGCCCUUUUAAACAAAUCUAUUAGAAGAUUAUCUAAUCAUUUUGACACAAUAUGUCGUGAUUCGAUUGAACUAGAUUCAAUUAUGGAGGAACAAUCAGAAUCAAAAAAUAACAGCAAGAGAAUAAGAGUUUCUCAUUUUGAUGUUGAAGAAUAA